UUAUCAGGUCAGAUAUCACAAGGAGUCUGGAUGAAAGAUUUUCCAAAGAAUGCCCUUACCCUAAAAUCGUCCGCCUCUUUUUUUCUUCCUUCUUCUACUUCAGCGAACAACAAAACAGUCCCUCCACCGAUUUCAGCUUGCAAUCGGACGUCAUACAGCGCCGAUUCGCCUCCACCUGCGCCGCCUCCCUCCUCGCCGCCUCAUCCCCUUCGCUGCCUCAAGCAGCGUUGCUCCAUCUCUGACUUCGUCGCCUCCCCCUCGCGUCCUCCCCUUCGUCGAUACAGAUUCAUAAAUAGCCUCUAUAUCAUCCAGACAUCUGCAUCGUUCAGAUAUGAAUCUUCCAGAUGCCACCAAACAGCCCCUUAGUCUCCACUAUCCAGCCUCCACUCUUCUAAUAUCAAGUUCUUGUACUUCUUAACUCUGAAGUUGCUCAAUCGAUUCAAGGCUCGAGCACCAGCUGACGACAUUCACCGAAGUCUAACAACCACCGUUAAGGUCACCAUUCACUCGCUCAAGAUAUCACGUCUUUGUUCCUAAGGAUUUCACGUCAUCGUUCCUUAUUACCGUUGAUUCCGAGUGCCGACCGGUAAACCUAAAGAUGUCUCAAGGGGAAAAGCACAAAGCUUGCAGUUGAUAUCAAAAUAGUUUUUUGCAUCAGUAGGCAUAAGGGAAGAGGAUUUUUAUAGAGAAGCCGGUUCAUGAAUCUUUGAAACAUUCAGGCCUCUUAGCCAUUCAGCGAAUACCAAACAGCCCCUAAGUUAUUUAGCAUCAAGAAAAUCAAGAAAUCAUCUUCUGAAGCAUGAUGGAGACGCAGGUUGUUAAACGUGCGAAAUACAAAUCUUCUGUCAAAGACCCUGGUGUUCGUGGGACAUUGAAAAUGACAAGGGAGAGGUUUGUUUUUAUGCCUAAUGAUCCAUCAUCCUCCAUCAGGCUUAAUGUAGAAUUCAGACUUAUAAAAGGACACAAAUCCAGCAAGGAGGGUUCCAACAGGCCUGCCUUACUUAAUCUCACUCAAGAUCAGGGUAAUUACAUCUUUGAGUUUGAAAAUUUCUCAGACAGGGAACUUUGUCGAGACUUUGUAGCUAAAGCUAUUACAUUUUAUGGGGAAGGUGGCUCUGAAAAAGCUGUUCCACUUCCACACAAAGAUGAACAACUUAGCUCAGCAGAAAUGGAACGUAGGAUUAAGCUGCUGCAAGAGGACAGUGAGCUGCAGAAGCUUCAUAAGCAGUUUGUGAUAAGAGGUGUGUUGUCAGAGACUGAAUUUUGGGCUACAAGAAAGAAGUUGCUAGAUGUGAAUAAUACAAGUAGCAGUAGAAAAGCAAAACAAAGAGUGGGGUUGAAAAGUGACAUGAUUUUCAAUGUCAAACCUUCAUCUGAUGGUCAGUCAAACAAAGUUACAUUUAACUUGACACCAGAGAUGAUUCACCAGAUUUUUGCUGAAAAACCAGCAGUGAGGCAGGCAUAUCUAAAUUUUGUACCUAACAAGAUGACAGAGAAAGAUUUUUGGACAAAAUACUGGAGAGCACAAUACCUUCACAGCACCAGAAAUAUUGUUGCUGCUGCUGCAGAGGCUGCAGAAGAUGAGGAGCUUGCAGUUUUCUUAAGGCAAGAUGCUAUUUUGGCUAGUGAAAUUAAGCACAAGAUUAGGAAGGUAGAUCCAACUCUGGACAUGGAGGCUGAUGAAGGAGAUGAUUACACACAUAUUCCAGGUCAUGGGCUAGCUACUGAAAGUGGGAAGGAUGAGCUGGAAGCACAAUAUGAGCCAUUCAAAAGAUCUUUCCUACAAGACAUCAACAGACAUGCUGCAGUUGUUCUUGAAGGAAGAACUGUAGAUUUUGAGACUGAAGGGGAUACAAGAUCUGUAGCUCAAGCUCUUGCUACUUGUAAACGUGUUGAGUUAGCAAAAGAAGCCUCUUCUGAUGGGAAUUUGGUGCAUCAAGAACGGUUGGAUCGGAUAACACGAAUGGCUGAGAUUGAGGAUCUACAAGCACCACGUGAUCCUCCUGUUGCACCACUAUCUAUAAAGGAUCCUCGGGAUUACUUUGAUUCUCAACAACAAGUUGUGGGAAUGGGAAUGGGAAUGGGUGAUGAGUUAGGUGGGGGAGGAAGACAGUUUAAAUCAAGGAUGAACACCUCUGAGACGUAUGCUUCUUUAAGGGGUUUUAUAUCUGAAAUCAGAACCCUAGGUUUGACUGAUCCUGUUGUUAGACCUGAAGUUGCUGUGAAGGUGUUGAAUGGGUUGACCCAGACUAUAUCAAGCUCCAAAUAUCAACGUGGGUUUGGUAAAAACCCACAUGAGAGCAUAUUGGAUACCUUGCCAACUGUCACAAAAGAUGAGCUUUUGCUUCAUUGGACGUCUAUUCAGGAAUUGUUAAAGCAUUUCUGGUCCUCAUAUCCAAUCACAACUUCAUAUCUUUAUACAAAGGUGAGCCGGCUGAAGGAUGCCAUGUCACAAAUCUACCCAAAGUUACAGGAGAUUAAAGAAUCCGUGCAGUCAGAUUCAAGGCAUCAAGUUUCCCUCCUUGUUCAACCAAUGUUACAGGCUUUAGAUGCUGCUUUUGCACACUAUGAUGCAGUAGAUCAACGCAAGAGAUCUACUGCAAAUGGUUACAAUGUCUAAUCAUGACUUAUUUUCUUACUUAUUCAUCAUCAUUGAUUUGCAUACUGUACAUUCAACAAAAUUUUCAUGUGAGACCCACCUUGCUUUCCUUGUCUUAAAAAAGACUUUUUUCCGAUAUAAUAUGAUGAAAUAUCACUU